AUGGAUUUCAUUGGAGCGUUUUCCCUCUUCCUUGACAUAUCUUGGGCGCUCGGUGACAACGACCAGAGUCUUGAAUUUAACUCUGGUUUCGGCUCCAACGUUGUCUUACUCCGUGCUGCCCGUACGACUAAGCUCGGCGCACGAGCCGGACGAAUAACUCGAGUGAUGAGGUUGCUGAAGUGGCUGCCUGGUGUCAGCAGCACCCAAGACGAGAGCGCUGGCACGGCCAAAGUCCUUGGGUCAAGGCUGAUCAAUGCUUUAUCCACUAGAGUUUCAAUGUUGACAAUUGGCUUAGUUAUGGUAUUGCCCAUAUUUGACGUCAUGAAGUACCCGAAUGAAGAUCAUUCUAUGCAGGCUUGGGCACAGCAGUUCGCAAGCCAGGUGCAUGUUUUUGGAGAAGAUUAUAUUGGGGGAGAGUCUUUCAACCAAACCAUUGUCGAGUUCCUGGACUUCUACGAUUUCCAAGAAUACAGACCAGUGACGUUGGUGAUAGAGGCGCUCCCAACGGGCGUGCUGUAUGCGGAGAACUUUGCUGAACCACCGAAUAGGAUAUCUAAUGAGUUGUGGGUCACGAGUCAUGGUUAUGAUGGUACGAAAGUACAAGUCAUGUUUGACUUUACGGCGGUGAGUAAGACAGACGCUGGUGCGAACAUUGCCUUGGUGAUCACUGUUAUUAUCGUUAUGAUACUCUCGGCGACUUUGCUGAGCAACAGUGUAUCGCAAAUAGUACUGGUCCCAUUAGAAGGGCUAUUCUGUCGAGUGAGAGAUAUGGCAAAGACGAUCUUCAAAACGGUCAGUCAAAUCAGCAAGGUCGCCGUGGAAGAGCGACAAGAGGAUGAGCAUCUUGUGAACCUCGCACAUAGUGAUGAGGAUUUGGAGGAUUCUGGGGCGUUCAUGAGUGAGGCUUCGGUGAGAAAACGACAGGUCCUCGAGGCAGUGGUGGAGAAGUUGGCUGUGCUCUCGGAGAUGUUCAUUGCGAAGCACCCUGUUGAUGCGGAGGAGCUGAAGAACCUUGGCUCGGACGAUCUCGCUGUGUUAGACAUGAUUACCCAAAAUCAGGCGCGAAAGGCCAGUCAAGACAACGAGAUAUUGGCUGAUAGAUUAGGCCGAAGAGCAACAGCGUUGCGAACCUUCGUCUCCGACUUGCAGAAAUCAGGACUAUUAGAUUGUGGUUUGGCCGACAGUUGGAAUUACGAUGUCUUGCAACACAGUCUUGAACAAAACGAUGCCCUACUGAAGUAUAUCUUCUUGGGGUCCGGGAUUUCCCAUUUUAUCACUGGCUUCAUCGACUUGGGCGUUCUAGAGGUCUUCUUAAGGAGGGCACGGCUGGCGUAUUUGGACAAUCCUUAUCACAAUUGGUAUCAUGCGGUUGACGUCACACAUACUGUUUACAGGUACCUGGUUCUAUCCAAGGGAAUGGCAUUUUUCCAACCCUUGGACUGUCUAGCGGUCCUGUUGGCCGCAGUAGUCCACGACAUAGGGCACCCGGGAGUCAACAACCCGUACUUGAUCGAAACUGCUCAUGAGCUGGCUCUACGAUACAAUGAUAAAUCACCUUUGGAAAAUAUGCACUGUGCGCGCUUUUUUGAGCUGAGCAGCGAUGCUGAGGCGAACGUUCUGCAAGGCCUUUCUAAGCAACAGUAUCGAGAUGCGCGACGGAUUAUGAUCGAGUGCAUUUUACAUACGGAUAAUGCGCAUCAUUUUGAGAUGAUAAAAACUUUGCAGAUGUUGUAUCAGUUGAAUCGCGAGAUCGUAGAUGAGGGCUAUGAUCCUGAGGAAGAGGAGUGGUCAGGAGAGUGCAUUGCACUGUACUCGAGCAAUGAUGUUCGAAUGACUUUACUUCAACUAUUCCUUCACGCGGCAGAUAUCUCUAAUCCGACAAAGCCGUUUGAGAGUUGCAAGGCCUGGGCUAAUAGAGUUUUGGAUGAAUUUUUCGCCCAGGGUGAUCUAGAGAAAGCCCAGAACAUACCAGUCCAGAUGCUAAAUGAUCGCAAUACCGUCUCGAGGCCGCAUUCCCAGAUUGGCUUUCUCGAGUUCUUGGUUGCACCUUUGUUCCUGCUGCAGGUAGCGAGAGACGCAGGUUCGAUCCCCGGCUCCGACAACUAA